UUCAACUGUUCAAAAGCACAAAUAAUCACUAAAUGUCUAAUCCAAGCGAGAUAACAUCCGACGAGCUGCUGCGUUUGCGCGAUCUCUGCCUGCAACGUUUGCGUGAUGAUGAACUCUAUUAUCUGCGCAACGAUGCAAAAUUGAGGGCGGUGACAAACACUCAGAGUUACGAGGAGUUUAAGGAUAUUGUUGAUGCAGCGCAUCUGCGUCCAAUUACCAAGCAAGAUAAAUCCAAUGCUAAGACCAAGAAUCGCCUGUGGAACUCGGCUGCUCCUGAACAACCCUCUUAAAUUAAUUGCAAUUAGUUAAUAAAAAAGCAAUUUAAAUUAUUA